AUAUAGUGCAAGCAGAUGAUAACCUAUAAAUUACCUGUGAUCACCUGGAUCAGAGUUCGAUACCUGGCUCGAUAGCAUCGGAGCUGGUUGUCUUAUCCGGACAGGGUCGUGGGCAGCAUUGUUAUUUUAAUGAAAGAGCUGUAUUGAUAACCCCGAUAGCCACUGCAUCCUAAAAUGGCGGAACACGAUAUAAGCUGACCAACGGAAACGCAAGCAUCCCGUCAGCAUGGCCCUCGUCAAGUACCAAGGCAGCCAUGACCCAGAGAGGGCCCUGCUUGAGGCCCUCGCUGAGGUUCUCACGGACGUGUUGCGUGGGACAACGGAGGAGGAGCGCGCGGCUCUGUUGGGGGCCCACCUGCCCCAGGUGGGGCUGCUGCUGCGUCGCCACGGCCGGGAAGAUGGCGGCGACAAGUGGCCGUCGGGACGAAGGUCCCGGCAUCCCGCUGGUGGGGCAGCAGCCGGAGCUGCCUCCGCACGAGCAGAAGCGGGGUGGGACCCGGGGGGCAUCGGAGGAGCUGCUGUUGCUGCUGCCGAAGGUGGUGGCGGAGGGGGAGGAGGAGGAAUGAGGGCAGGAGCAGGAGCACCACCACCACCUCUUGGCUCUGGUGUUGAUAGAGGGUACGGCGGCGGCGGCGGCAGCGGCAGCGGAGGCGGAGGCAGCAGCUCGGUUCGAGCGCUGCAAGCCAUCCAGGCCGCACUCAUGUCUCUCAGCGGUGUGCCCGGACACCUGGCAGGUGCGGCGGAGGCGCAGUGCUCCGCUGCCGCCCUCACACUCACCCUGGCGCUGGCAGCCGCAUCAGGAGGAGGAGGAGGAGGAGGAGGCGGCAGGGGGGCAGGCGGAGGGGGCCUGCCACCCGCGCUGCUGCAAAUGGUGUCGCCCUUCAGGGCCCGACUAGAGCACCGCGGCCGUCUGGGCAAGGGCGGCUUUGGGAGCGUGGUAGCCGUCCGAAGUCGCCUGGACCAGCGGCUCAUGGCCGUCAAGGAGGUGCCCUUCCGCUCCGCGCUGCCCCCCUGGGCCCCGCCGGAGCAGCUGGAGCAGCAGCAUGCCAAGAUGCUGAGGGAGGUCCAAGCACUCGCCGGGCUGGACGGCAGUCCCCACGUGGUUCGCUACUACAGCGCCUGGAUUGAGCCUGCGUGGGAGAAGCUAGGGCAGCAGCUUCGCAGCAGGAGCAGGGCAGCGACAGCGGGGGCGCAUGGGACAGCUGCAGCGAAAGCAGGAGCAGCAGGGACAGCAUCGGCGGCGGCAGCGGCAGCGCGCGGCGGCGGGAGGCAUCGCGCAGAAGGACGUGACCAGAAGGGAAACCGAGGAGUGCGUGUAGGGGCCGCGGCGGCAGCGGGGAGGACAAUGCCGGCUCCCGGAGGCGGUGCAGUUGGUGGUGUUGGUGGUGGGGCGAUGGGCCAUGGUGACGAUGAUGGCGCACCUCGGAUGGGAGCUGCGAGCAAUCAGGCACGCGGCGCUCCGGCAUGCACCCUGCUACAACCGUUGAUCAGCACCGACGGCUGUAGCGCCGGCGACAGCAGCCAGGGCGCAACACCCACGGGUGGCAGCCAGAGCGCUACACCCACCGGUGCAUGUGGCGGUAUCUCGGGUGCUGCUGUGGGGGUGAUGUCGCCUGCAUGCGUCAUCCAGGAGGUGCUCAGCAGUGAGGAGGAGGAGGAGGAGGACAGCGGCAAUAGCAGCAGCAGCAGCAGCAGCAGCGAGUCAAAAGGGCUCGACAGUACCCACAGCCAGCACGGGAGUGAAGGUGGGAGAGCGCUUCACCCGCGCCAUCCGAGUCGCCCUGCACUGCAGCCGCCGCCGCGGCCUUUGCCGAUUCCGGGUUCUGGCGUUCCUGGCGGGAUUGACUGUGCAGCGCAACCUGUCGUGAUGCUUGCUACAAGCGGCUCCGAAACCGCGAGUCCGGAACUGAGCUCUGGGUGGCCCAUGGGUCACCCGCGCUCGCGUCGGAAAGUGCAGCGGUCGAGUCCGCUGAUUACCAGCCUAAGUAACAGCCCGGCUGGUGCGGAUUUCAGCGGGCAAAUAGGGCAUGUAUUGACCCGUGGGUCCUCCAAGGGUGGAUGCCGCAUGGGGUCUGGUAGAGGCGGGCUUGGAGAGGCGCAGAGCAGCGGGAGCGAGGGUAGCACUGGCGACAGCAGCAGCGGAAGCAGCAGCUCGGAGGAAUCGGAUUCCACGACGGACGAGAGCGAGGAAGAGGAAGAAGAGAAGGAGGAGGAUGAGGAAGGGCAUCAGCAAGUGGAGGAGGAGGAUCAAGAGUGCAGCUGGACCUUCGACCGAGGGGAAGAUGCAGCAGCAGCAACUGCUGACGUCGGCGAGUCCUCUCACGCUUCUUCUGUCAGCAGCAGCAGCAGCGAUAGCGAUAGCGGCGGGCCUCACGGAUGCCUUACUCGCAGCAACAACAGCAAGCAGAGGCCCAAUGGCGGUUGUACUACACCUGAAUGGCAGCAGCGGCGGCGGAGGCGCAGUACGGCAGCGGCGGCGACGGCGAAUGUGGACGACACCACCACUGGCAGCGGCGGAGUGUUUGACAUGGACUGUACGGGAAGCGCCUCCAGGGGUUCGUACGGCGGCGGUGGUGGCGGCCGCCGCCGUCGCCGCCGUCACCCGCAUGAUGAUGGCAGUGAGAGCGGUGAGAGCACCGAAGGCAGCGGGAGCAGUGGGAGCAACAAGGGCUCCGAUGGUAACCCUGGUAGCAGCAAGAACAGCGGCAGCAGCUACAGCAGCAGUAGCCAUGAGAGCGGUGGAAGCAAGAGUGGAAGCGGAGGGAGCAGUAGCCAGGGCAGCAGCAGUGGCAACGACGACGAUGACGACGAUCAUGACACCGGCAGCAGCCAAAGCGGUUCUCACGACCACCCCACCUCCGGGUCACCCCACCAACAUGGUCACCGCUACCGCUACCGUAGCCCUACCGGGCGCCUGUUGAUGGUGGGGCCCACGCAGGGACAGGGACAGCCCCUGGUAGCACCCACGCGGCAGCACCGCUCGCAAACGCACCCCCAGCUGCAGAGGUGGGGCUCCUCGCAGCCCCUGGUCUGGAGCCCCCCUGAGGAGGAGCACGCGGUUCACCACCAUCCGCAGCAUCACGGAAAGCAACAGCAGCAGCGGCACCAACAGCGGCACCAUCGGCAUGCAGCGCGGCGCGAGGAGGCAGCAGGCAUGGGGGGCGGCGGUGGCGGUUUGGAUCUUGCCGUACUGUCCAGCAUCCGCAUGUGGCCGUACAUGCUGUACAUCAGCAUGGAGCUGGUGGUGGGCCCUACGCUGACCAGGUGGUUGCAGCAACGGGCGGUGCGGUUGGGUGGUGUGGCGCACCCGCCAGAGGUAACGGUUGAGCGAAGCAUCUUUCGACAGAUCGUCACCGGCCUGGUCCACGUGCACGCUGCGGGUAUCAUCCACCGCGACCUCAAACCAGCAAACAUCUUCUUGGUGCCAAUCAUGACGUCGGCUUCGGCCCUGAACCAACACCGACAGCAGCAGCAGCCAGCAGUUGGCGCGCUGGCAGCAGCGGCAGUGACCCAUGGGUCAGGACUCCCAACGGCACAACCUGCAGCCCCCGAGGCCUACCUUGUCAAGAUCGGUGACUUUGGGCUUGCGGUGGAUCAUUCGGAUGCCACCAUCAUUCUAGGUGCUGCCAGCAGCUCUCUCUCGGCCGCCUCCUCUUCCUCGUCCACUUCCCGUUCCUCCGCGGAUCAGCUCCCUCCCGUCUCCGCCCCCAUAAAUUCCUUCUCGAGCGGCCAUGGUCCCCUCCGCCGCCCUCCGUCGCUCCCCAUGCUGCGUGCAAGCGGCGAUGGCGAAGAUCUGGCAACGCCCACAUCCGGUGCCGUACCCAGCACUCGUACUGCCCCCUCUGCUCGUACGUCUGGCGUUGGUACGGCAUCCUACGCUGCUCCUGAGCAGCUCGGCCAACAGCAACAGCCGUUGUACGGCAGUAGUGACGGAGGGGUGUCGUACUACGGGCCUGAGGUGGAUAUCUACCCGCUGGGCCUUAUUCUCAUGGAGCUCUUCUGCGUGUACGGCACUGGUAUGGAACGCGCCAUGGCCAUGCGCGACGCCCGCGCCGGCCGCCUGCCUGACUCCUUCUGUCGUACGUACCCGGAGGAAGCCACCCUUGCCGCUGCCUGCCUGGAGCGUGACCCCAUGCGGCGACCCACCGCGGCACAGCUCCUGGUUAUCCUGGACAUGUUGUGGGGACCAGCUGGCACCGCCGCCGCCGCGGCUGCCGUACCAGGCAACGGCAUUGCGGCCGCCGCCGCGGCAGCGGCAGAAGCGCCGGUGGUCGGGGCAUCGAUGGCCGAUGGAAGCGGCGUCGCAGGAAUGGCAAGCCCAGCACUGUUGCGUCCGCAUAGCUCGGGGCCGUUACCGUUGCCGUGGCGUUGUAAGGCAAAGCCGUUGCUGCUGCUGCCGGCGCCGCCUCCCUCGUAUGGGCGCUGCUCAGGCGUUAUUACCGAGGAGCUUGAUCCAGCAGGGUCCGCCUCAACUUCCCCAUCGUACGGCAAUGCCGCGACAGGCGCACAGGAAUUGGCAUGUGGCAAUGGCGACGGUGGCAGCGGUAGCGGCGGGACCAGUGACACCUGCGGAAGUAGCGGGAACGGUGCAGAUGUUCGUACGGUUCGUACGGGUACCGUUCUGGAAGUGGGCAGUCAAACGGAGCUGACUUGGGUCCAGGGGAGCCAGCCGGUGCCGCUUGGCGAGCCAGCUGGAUUCGGUCAACUGGAUUCGAACGUGUCGCAGGAGGGGCAGGCAGUACCGGUAAUGGCGACAGCGCAGGCCAUGACAACCGGAUCAGACAGCGGGGUUGCGGCAGAAGGACCUGGAGCUGAGGCUUUAGUGGUGGUGCCAGGGGCGCCGAAAGCGGGGGACACAGCGGUGGUUAUGGAAGGAGGACCCAUGGAAGGACCCAUGGGUCAUGAGGAGGACACGGCUGCUUUGCUGGUAGAACUGCGACAGGCUGAGAGCAGAGCUCAGCGGCUGCGGGAGUUGCUGGCGCGGCGAGGCGUUGUUCCUUCGGAUGCCUUGUAGGGGGUGUCACUCAUAGUCUAGGCAAGCGUCUUCAGCAGGAGUAGAACAUCACAGAGUGUGAUUCGUGAAGUUGGUUGUAGAGUGCUUAGUGCAAUAGUACUAUGCAGGAGUCAUGGGUAUUAAUCAUAUGAUCCAGGGGUUAGGGGUAAAAGCGAGCUAGAGAACAGCUAAUACAAGAACUGUUAGCGCCUAUAGAGGCACCUAGGAUGCAUUUAGACGUACUCAUGCGGGUUGUCCCGAGCGAGCUGGGCUGGACCGGCCUCGUGCGUUCCCGCCAUGCGACUGGUGCACUGAAACGUACCACUAAUUCACUAUGUAUUCAAUAUGGCCCGGUGAAGGUUACAUUGCAGGGAGUAUUGCACGGAGUAUUCUUGGUAGGCUACCCUUGUAGAGCACUUGAGAAUGCUAGGGAUCUAGUCUGGACUUGCUAUGUUGCGGAUACAGGCUUCCCGCGACAAACGGGCUGGGGAGCACCGGGACUGUUUGAUCAGUUGGCGCUAAGCUGGUGAGAUGUCGGGAACAUAAGAAAUUCGUGGUACGACCCACGCUACAAC